AUGUCUCAAGUAAUUAUCAACGACAAUGAAGUUGACAUUGUGAUUGGUGCAUUGCACUCUGACCUAACUACUUUUAUGACUGAAUGGAAGCCAGUUUUCUCCCGUUUCCACCUGAUAAUUGUCAAAGAUCCUGACCUCAAGGGAGAACUUCAAAUUCCUGAUGGGUUUAGCGCAGAUGUGUAUACAAACUCUGAAAUUGAGCGAGUGGUGGGUUCCUCCACUUCCCUUCGCUUCUCUGGCUACGCUUGUAGAUAUUUUGGCUUUCUAGUUUCAAAGAAGAAGUAUGUUGUCUGUAUUGAUGAUGAUUGUGUUCCAGCAAAAGAUGAUGCGGGGAAUUUAGUAGAUGCUGUGGCUCAGCAUAUUGUGAACCUCAAGACUCCUGCAACUCCUUUCUUCUUCAAUACACUAUAUGAUCCAUUCCGCAAGGGUGCGGAUUUUGUUCGCGGCUAUCCAUUUAGUCUGCGAAGUGGGGUUGAUUGUGUUCUGUCGUGUGGACUUUGGCUUAAUCUGGCGGACCUUGAUGCACCAACACAAGCUCUCAAGCCAACACAGAGGAAUUCACGUUAUGUGGAUGCAGUUCUGACUGUUCCUGUGAGAGCCAUGUUGCCAGUGAGUGGAAUCAACAUUGCCUUUAACCGAGAAGCAAUUGGUCCGGCUUUAGUCCCGGCUUUGGUUUUGGCAGGAGAAGGGAAACUGAGGUGGGAAACUGUGGAAGAUAUUUGGUGUGGAUUGUGUGUGAAAGCUAUAUGCGACCACCUAGCUCUUGGUGUGAAAAGUGGGUUGCCAUAUGUUUGGAGAACCGAAAGAGGCAAUGCCAUAGACAGCUUGAAGAAAGAAUGGGAAGGGGUGAAAUUGAUGGAGGACGUUGUUCCUUUCUUUCAGUCUGUAAAGUUGCCACAAUCAGCUGUCACUGCAGAGGACUGCGUGGUCGAGAUGGCCAAAUCAGUGAAGGAACAACUCGGGAAGGUGGAUCCUAUGUUUUCGCUAGCCGCUGAUGCUAUGGAAGAGUGGGCCAAGCUCUGGAGGUCAGUUGGAUCUGCUUGAAGCUUCUGAACUAGUGGUUGACAUGGUCUGGAUUUGUUUCAUCCUCGCAUUAGGAUUUGUAGGAGUUAUAAGGUUAUUGCCUUAAUGGCUUCUAUAUUUCUUUUCUUUUAUUUACAUUUAAACUACUUUAUAUCUGGUUUGUUUUUUGUAGUCAACUAAGUUUACUUUUACCUGACUGAGUUAGUUUCAAGGAAAAAUAAAAUAGUACUGGUUUGGUUUUGUGCCAAAUGAAUAAAAUAGUACUGGUUUGGUUGUGACAAUUGAAUAAAUGUUUCGCCUUGUGUUUAAAUGCAUUUCCAAGGUCUGCUAAUUGUGUAA